AAAACAGAGUGCCCUCGCGAGCACCUCUGUAUCUCACUCGCGAUCACCUUUAUGGCAUCGAUUGAUGCCUCGAAGUUCAAUUGGGGUUUCUUCAGUUCUUUUAUUUUAGCGCAAUACAUGGGGCUCGUAGGUAGAAUUUUUGUCUUGCUCCUGUUGACGGUUAUAAAUAGCAGUGGUCUGCAGUAUCAUGGCUGCAACUUGCUAGACUGCUAUACUUCAUUUGCCAUGGUGGCUUCGUUUUCUGUUCUGAUUCCCAUCAUGGUGGUUUUGUUUCUUGUUCUGAUUCUCAUGUUUUCUCUCCACCUCUACGCCCGCUGGUACCUCCUCCGUGCUCGCAGCCGUCAAUCCCGCGCCCGCCGUCGCAGCGCAUCCGCCCAUCGGCAAUCCGUCGUCCUUAUAGACACGGGUAACAACCUCGCCACCACUGCCACUCGCGGCCCCGACGUUCGUAUCCUGAAGUCCCUCCCGGUUUUUACCUUCUCUUCCAAAACCCAUCCGGAUUCCACCCCGGACUGCGCCGUUUGCUUGUCGGAGUUCGAAGAAAAUGAAUCGGGUCGGGUUCUGCCCAAGUGUAAUCACAGUUUCCACAUAGAGUGUAUAGACAUGUGGUUCCACUCUCACUCCACUUGCCCUCUCUGCCGGACGCCCGUUGAGGAAUACGGUCUGGUGCCGGCGAACCCCGGCGACGCCGUUUUGACCAUACCAGAACCGGAAUCGGAUCCGAUAUCGGGUCCAGGACUGUGUGCCACGUGUCAGCAUGAGAAUGAACAGGCAGAUCCGUCGUCGCGCAGGUCAAGGAAUAAGCUCACGGUAGAGGUUCCGAGGAGGAGCUGCGAGGGAUUUGAGGGGGAGUCGAGUGCGUGUUAUGGGUCAUAACCUGGAGACUUGUGAAAUAGGUUGAGUUAUGGGUUGCCUUUUAUUUGAGAAUUCAUUUGACUUAAUUCCUUUAAUUUAUGAUUUAUGAUGAUUAAAUUUAAAUCCAACUC